AUGAAGGCCAUUCGCCGAUCUCUCAAGGGCGACAAGGAAUCCAGGCACGCCCCCUCGCUUUCAAUCACACCUAAGACCAUCCAGGCGCUUCCGCCGAAGAAAGUCAUCAAGGCGCUGUACGACUAUGCGCCGCAGAAUGGCAACGGACAAGAGCUGGCAUUCCACAAGGGCGACUUCUUCCAUGUUCUGAGCCGGGAGGACGACACUGAAUGGUACGAGGCCUGCAACCCGCUCGUCCCCUCUGCUAGGGGCCUCGUCCCUGUCGCUUUCUUCGAGGUGGUCGGCAAACAACAGCGCCAGAGUGGGAAUUCAUUGUCUUCACCUGGAGAACGGGCGGAGAGUCAUGAUUCGGGGUUUUCCGAGAAGGGAUCGACGCAUUCUGGCCACAUGAGAUCAGAGUCAACCGCUACCGCCCGGCCGCCAACGCAUACGAGAGGCGCAAGCAUGAUCGGUAAAGCUGGAGGAGGCGCCAUGGUCUAUGGUGUGGUGCAAUAUGACUUCAAUGCAGAAAGACCAGACGAGCUGGAUGCGAAAGCCGGCGAGGCGAUCAUUGUCGUGGCCCAGUCAAACCCGGAGUGGUUUGUCGCAAAGCCGAUAGGGCGGCUUGGAGGGCCGGGCUUGAUUCCAGUCUCGUUCGUGGAUAUCAAAGACACAGCAACAAUGGCAUCGGUUGCAGACCCGCUCGAGGCCGUUCGUAAGGCAGGCGUCCCGAAAGUGGAGGAGUGGAAGAAGUUUGCUGCAGAAUACAAGAACAACAGUAUCAGUCUGGGCAAGUUCUCCAGCCCCGAAGCUCAGAUGUCGGCCGAUAUGGCUAGAAUGAGCCUACAGAAUGGCGGCUCCCAGCAAUCACUUGCAAGCAAUACCUAUGUAAGUUACAAUGGUCAGGUCUGGGUUGGGGCACCUCAUUCUUACACUCAGCAGUCUCAAGGUUCAGGUCAGAGAACGUCACAACAGUCACAAAUUCCUCUGGCGCCAGUGAGUGCCUCGGUGCCCAGAUACUGCUUCGAUAACGACAUGUAUUGGUAUAUAAUUGAGUGUCAGAUGGAGGAUGGCCGGUGGUGGGAGCUGUCAAGAUAUUAUGCCGACUUCUACGACUUCCAGAUUGCCCUACUGGAAAUGUUUCCUGAAGAAGCUGGCAACAAGGGAAAGCCCCGUACGUUACCGUUCAUGCCGGGGCCUGUAGCCCAUGUCACAGACGCCAUUUCCAACGGGCGACGCCAGAAUCUCGACGAGUACAUCAAGAAGAUUGUCGCAAUGCCCAGCCACAUCUCGAAGAGCAUGCUUGUGAGGAAUCUGUUCAAACCGAGACCAAACCAGGAUUUCGAGAUCGAUCCAAGCGCACUCGGCGAAGAUUAUCGGCUUUCUGGAGGAUCUCAGCAGUCAAUGCAGCAACUAUCGACGGUUUCUACAAAUCAACAAUCCACAGGUACAGGUUACGGUGGACUGGGAAUGACGAGUUCUUCUCGAUCGUCGCAACAACGCCCACCUCCGAACAUGACAGCUGGCCCUCCAUUUCUUCAUUCACAAGCCAGCAACCUGACACAAGCAUCGACCUCGUCGAGCAUGAGAGCAGGAAAUGCUAAUGGCCCAAUGAAAGUCAAGGUAUUCUUCCAAGACGACAUUAUCGCCAUCCGCGUACCCCAAGAUAUCGCUUUUGGCGCCCUGAAAGAACGACUGAUGGAACGACUUAAACUCAACGACGACAUUGUCAUCCAUUACAAGGACGAACUCAGCAACAGUAUGCUAGAGCUUGAGAAUGAUGACAAUCUGGACGAGGCUCUACAGCGAAACCCCAAGCUUACAUUACAUGUCAACUAUGCCGCAGACUGA